AUGUCGCUGAAAGUGUUCGAUGUGGACCCGACCCUGAAGUGUGUCGGAGAUCUGAUCUGGGAGAGAGUGAAAAGCUUCAGGUGGUGGAAAGAUGAGUUGGAGAAACUGGAAGGGGGAAUUGCGAAAUUCGCCCAGGGCUAUCACACGUUUGGCUUCACCCGGCAGGAAACCAGCAUCACUUACCGUGAAUGGCUGCCGAACGCCAAGCAAGUGUUCCUCAUCGGCGAGUUCAACAAAUGGGAAAACACCGUGCCUUUAAAAUCCGAGGGCUUCGGGCACUGGUCUGUGCAGCUGAAAGAUCUACCUGGGGGCAAGCCAGCAAUCCCGCACAAGAGCCAGGUGAAAGUUCGAGUGGAAACCAACGACCGUCAGUGGAUCGAGAGGGUGCCUGCUUGGACUCGGCUGGCGUGGCAGGAUCACAACACCAAUCUUUUCAAUGGUGUCUUCUGGUCCCCGCCCAAAGAGGAGCAGUUCGUGUUCAAGCACGACAGGCCGCUCAAGCCUGCGUCUCCAAAGAUAUAUGAGGCGCAUGUUGGCAUGAGCUCAAAGGAGCCCAAAGUGGCCACCUAUGUAGAAUUUGCAGAAAGCGUGCUUCCCCGAAUCAAACGCCUGGGCUACAACACAGUGCAGCUGAUGGCAGUGGCGGAACAUGCCUUCUAUGGAUCCUUCGGCUACCAUGUCACUUCCUACUUUGCGCCCUCAAGCCGAUGUGGAACGCCAGAAGAACUAAAGCAGCUUGUGGACCGUGCGCACGCACUAGGGCUCACAAUCAUCAUGGACCUGGUCCAUGCCCAUUGCUCGUCAAAUUCGUUGGAUGGCAUUGCGAUGAUGGACGGCACUGAUCACUGUUAUACCCACGGUGGUCUCAAAGGCCAUCAUGCUCAAUGGGACUCCAAGUUGUUUCACUACACAAAACAUGAAGUGCUUCGUUUCCUGCUCUCCAACAUUCGGUAUUGGCUGGAGGAAUUUCGCUUCGAUGGCUUCCGGUUUGACGGGGUCACAUCCAUGCUGUAUCACUCGCACGGAAUAGGCAAGGGCUAUUGUGGAAGCUAUCAUGACUAUUUCGGGGGUGAUGCAGAUUUUGAGGGACAAGUCUAUCUCAUGCUGGCAAACGACUUGAUUCACUCGUUGGUGCCAUCUGCAAUCUCCGUGGCAGAAGAAGUUAGCGGCAUGCCGACCUUAUGCCUCCCUAUCGAAGAUGGCGGUUUUGGCUUUGACUACCGCCUGGCGAUGGCAAUCCCUGACAUGUUCAUCAAACUCCUAAAGGAAGUCCCUGAUGACUGUUGGGACAUGAAUCACAUCUGCCACACUCUCACCAACAGGCGGUGGAAGGAGAAGUGUAUAGGAUAUUUGGAGUCUCAUGACCAGUCCAUUGUCGGCGACAAGACCAUUGCCUUCUGGCUUAUGGAUCAAGAAAUGUACUAUGGGAUGAGCAUGGCAGAGUGCCCGGAGCCUUCGAUCGUUGUUGACCGUGGGUUGGCGCUGCACAAAGUUCUCCGGCUUCUGGUGCUUGGCUUGGGGGGUGCAGGCUACCUGAACUUCAUGGGCAACGAGUUUGGCCACCCCGAAUGGGUGGAUUUCCCGCAGGCAAGCAACGACUGGAGCCACCACUUUUGCAGGCGGCGCUGGGACUUGCCAGAUGACCAGGCCUUGCGCUACAAGUACUUUCAGAACUUUGACGAACUGAUGCAGCAACUCGAGAACCGGUUCAAGUGGCUCAGUUCGGAGCACGAGUUCGUUACAGUAUGCAACGCAAUGGACAAAGUGCUGGUCUUCGAACGUGGCAGUGUCACCUUCGUUGUAAACCUUGAUCCGGGCCGCAGCUUCCAAGGCUACAAGGUGGGCAUCGGCAAGGACGAGCCGAUGCGCAUUGUCCUGGAUACCGACGAGGAGCGUUUUGGCGGCCACUGCCGACUCGAGGAGGGCCAUGGCAAGCCCCUGCCUUCGGGCGGACCCACGCACAACAGGCCGGCAUCCUGCCUUUUGUACAUCCCGGCACGCACUGCGCAAGUACUGGCGCCGGCAUCUAUGCUUGAGGGAGGCAUUCGUGUGUGGCUUGACGCUCGUUGGUUGAAGGAGCAUGACAUCGACAAUCCCACUGAUGUGAAUCUUGCACUGGAGAUCCGAGAUGGUGGGAAGAAGUAUCUUCGGCAAUUCCGCUUCAAUGCUGAGAGCUGCGUGACACUGCAUAUCUACUUCGAUGCGAUCUUUGCCCUCAUCGCUCCAAACGGGAGCACACUUACCAGUCCAGUCUGGCCGGAUGGGAUGUUCCACGUCUAUUUCCCCGGAGACUACACGGUCUGCAGCGGGGGAGUGCUAGAAGCAGACGUCCCAAAAAAGACUUGGAAGCCAGCCACCAUAAGCCGACAACCUUCGGUGGUGGGGGGGACGAGUUCCGCUCCCUCUCGAGACGAGUUCUUCGAUCCUUCCAUCGAUGCCGGCCUGGUAUAUCCUGAAGCCAUGGUGCUGGGACCCAACUCGAUGAUGGACCUCCUCGACUCCCCAGCCCCAACGACACCCUCCAGGGCCUCUGCCUCGGCAUCGGCCUCCGCCUCGCCCUCAAGGACCCCCUCGGCCUCGGCCUCCGUGACCCCGAAGAAAGGUCUCAGCAGAUCCAGCAGCUUCUCCGCGAGGCGGCGGAAGAAAUCCCCGAGCACCGCAAAAGCCACCAGCGAUGAGGUGGCGGAUCCGGGCAAGGAGAAGGUUGCGAGGCGGGCGCCCCUCUCCCCCGAAGAGCGCAAGGCCCUCUGUCAAAGCCGAGCCAAAGGCUACAAAGAGGCACUCGCGAAGCCGGGAAGCCUCGAAUCCAUGACGACGGCAUUCAAGGACUUUGGCUUGCAUCACGGCGCCGGUGGACGGUGGAAGUACAGAGAAUGGGUUCCAAAUGCAAAAGCCACAUAUCUCUUCGGCGAUUUCAACGGAUGGAACAAAACAGCCACCCCACUCAUGAAGGCAAAAGACCAUCCCGAGAUUUGGUGUUGCCAGAUCAGCAUACCCUUGAAUUCAGCGCUCACAAGGGGCAGCCAGUACAGACUCCAUAUUGUGCCAAACGAGGGAGCGCCAUGGGACAUGGUCCCUGUGUGGGCCACUCGCUAUGCCAUCAACGCCAAGACUACAGAUCACAAUGCGGUUGUCUGGCCCCCCCGCACAGGCAGAGGUCAACCCGGGAAGGACCUUCACCAGAGCCUACAGCUCAAGGGGAAGAAGCUUCAUCUGUACGAGCUUGACAUUACUCUGGCCAUACAAAAAGGACAAAAGCCAAGCUUGAAAUUCGCACGCUCUCUUUUGCCAAGGGCUGCUCAUUCUGGCUACCAUGGAGUUUUGCUGCAAGGGCUUUACAACGGAAAAGGUAGGUUUGCCACAGGCAGCCUGAUGGCAGUCUCCCCGGUGGUGGGAGAUUCAUCAGACUUCUCAGCUUUCCUUCAGAAAGCACAUGAUCUGGGACUGGCUGUUAUCCUGGAGCUACCAUCUGGUGCCGAUCCAGCUGAAUCCAGCCUACCACCCUGGUAUUUCCGGGCUGAGGAGACGCAGACGGUUGUGAAGAGCUUCGAUUUUGGUCGGAAAGAGGUCGCCCAACACAUCCUUUGCUCCGUCAAGCAUUGGGUGGAGGUUGGCGUGGAUGGAUUUCGAAUGGAUGGCAUGCCCGGUCCUGUACAGAACAUGGCGGAAGACGCGGAAGCACCCGUCGCCCAUUUCGCCAUGACCAUGGCCGCAGUUGUGAGAUCGGCUGCAAAGGAAGUCGGCAGGGAUGUUAUCCUUCUUGGGAGUGGUGAUAUCGAUGCCACGUGCGCUUCCCUGGACUCCGGCGGCUUCGGCUGUGACUUCUGCCAGGCAGACGGCGCCGAUCUCAGCCGGCUUCUGCCGGGCUCGCGCCGCUUGGUGAUCGAGCCCGGGCCUCCCUCGAAGGCCAGGCCCUUGGAAAAGCUGGAGCGCUCGCUGAUGGAGCCACUGAGCGCUCGCACGGAGUGCGACGGUUUGGUGAUGUCCUGCAUGGAGAGCACGGAGGACUUCAUUGUCAGCCAGGGACCGCUCUCUGUCUGCAUGUUGGCCUGGGAGACCGUCCACACGGUGUCGGGUGGCAUCGUGGCCCCCUACGUCACCUACCUCAGCGAGGCAUUGGUCCGUCGUGGCCACGAGGUUCACGUCUUCACACGUGCCAGCCAUGGCAUCAAGAUAACUGUGGAGACGGUGAAAGGUGUCGUCUACCACGAGGUGCCAUACCAGCUGAGCAUGGAUUUCGUGGAGGAAACAGGGCAUUUCUGCAAAGCCUUGGCAGCCGCUGUGACUGGCCAUGAAGCUGCCUAUGGACCCUUUGAUGUGGUUCACGGGCAUGAAUGGUUGGUCGCACGUACUCGUGCGGAGCUACGGAAGGAAGUUCGCUCUGUUCUCACGAUCCACUCCACGGAGCAGGGCCGCUCCAGCGGCGCGGACUACGGUGGCCAAAGCGAUCAAGUCAUCAAUCUCGAGGGUGAAGCUUUCAAGAUGUUUGACAAGCUUUUUGCGGCAUCGCAGACGGUUCGUGACAGCGUGUACUCUCAGUACGACCUGAAAGGCAAAGACAUCCAAGUGGUUCACAACGGUGCGGAGACAAUCGAUAAAUUCACAGCGGAACAGCAGACUGCUGCGCGGGAUGAUUUAUGCCUUGAGGAGAACAAGCCAGUUCUACUUUUCUCGGGUCGAUUGCUUCCCCAGAAGGGGCCGGACGUCCUCCUCGAGGCUGUCCCUUUCGUCUUGCAGCACUGGCGCGAUGCGCACUUCAUCAUUGCAGGCUCUGGGCACCUGCGCAGCGCCCUGGAGCGCCGCGCUUCCGAGUUGAACGUGGAAGAGUCCGUGACCUUCGCGAAGGCGCUGCAGCCGGGGACGGAAGAGCACCUGAGGUACAUGGCAGCCUGUGAUGCGGUGGUCAUACCAGCACGACAAGACUUCUAUGGCGUAUCUGUCAUUGAAAGCUGGGCAGCUGGCAGGCCCGUCGUGGGUGGCUCUUGUGGCGAGCUUCCACGGCUUGUGCAACCGAAUGUCACUGGCUACCUUGUCGACCAGGAGUCAGGCAGCAUCGCCUGGGGUCUCUGCAAGAUUUGUGAGAACCGGGAUCAUGCUCGUUGGAUGGGCGAGCAAGGGCAAGAGCAAGUGCAGCAGCAUUUCCUUUGGGACUUCCUGGCGAAGCGCACGGAGGAGGUCUAUCUUAGCCUGCUCGGCCUUGAGGAGGCGCCGGCUGCGGAAGUCGCCAGGGCCGGGAGGAGCCCGAAGCCUCCCCUGGCCGCCUCGCUCGGCCAUGGCGCCACCGCGCUCCUGAAGCUGGGCCGCUUGCUGUUCCUGGGUUUUGGAGGCGAUGCCACUCUGACCUGCUUGGGAAGCGACUUUGGCUGGAUUGGCAAGAUCGACUUCCCUAGAAAGAGCAAUGACUUCAGCGAUGAGCAUGCUCGCUUCCCCGUAGAGCUCGCUUCCGACGCCAAGUGUCACUACAGGAACUUGGCUAUGUUCCAGAUGUGCCUCCUUCGAACAGAGCGGAGUCUGCAGUGGUUGGCGGAUCCCAAGCCUGAGGUGAUCCACAAGGACGAGAAGAAGCAGGUGCUAGUCUUCACGCGUGGCGUGGGGAUAGUAUUUGCCAUGAACUUCAACACCAACGAUUCGACCUUCAACUUCGACAUCCUUCAGCUGAAAGGUGUGUCAUGUGCCUUCAAGAUAGUCUUCAACACGCAGGACAAGCGCUUCGGGGGCCUCGGCUCGGGCACGGUCACGCUACCGGCAGACGUUCCCGUCACGGAAGGGACGGUGAAGCUGCUUCUACCGGCUCAGACCGGCGUAGUGCUCGUGCCGGAACUCUGCGCAGAGGGCUUGUCUUCGGACAAAACUCUUCAGCUCCAAUCAUCAGAUGCCUUCGUCGACCUGCUUGCAGAUGAUCAGUCUGCAGUUUGCCCGAUCAGCUUUUGCAAGCGGCUUUCAUUUGCAGACCUCGCAGCUGAUUUCAAAGAGCGGCGCAAGCAGGAAGGCACUGCGACUGCUUGUGAAGCAGCUGCGAAAAGCGAGGCUGCUGAACAAUUUGAGAAGGAAGCAGCUAAAAACGAGGCCGCACGCAGAGAGGCUGCAGAAAGAGAGGCUGCUGAACAACUCAAGCAACAAGCCGCGAAGAAAGAGGCCGCCCGCAGAGAGGCUGCAGAAAGGCAGGCUACUCUACAACGUAUGCAGGAAGCCGCCAAGAAAGAGGCCGCCCGCAGAGAGGCUGCAGAACGUGAGGCUGCUGAACAACUUAAGCAGGAAGCCGCCAAGAAAGAGGCCGCCCGCAAAGAGGUUGCAGAAACAGAGCCUGAACAACUUAACCAGGAAGCCGCCAAGAAAGAGGCCGCCCACAGGGAGGCUGCAGAAAGGCAGGCUGCUCUACAACGCAUGCAAGAAGCCGCCAAGAAAGAGGCCGCGGCUGCAGAGCCAGAGGCUGCUGAACAACUUAAGCAGGAAGCCGCCAAGAAAGAGGCCGCCCGCAAAGAGGUUGCAGAAACAGAGCCUGAACAGCUUAAGGCCCGCAGGGAGGCUGCAGAAAGGCAGGCUGCUCUACAACGUAUGCAGGAAGCCGCCAGGAAAGAGGCCGAGGAGGAAGAAGCAAGGAAAGAGGCUGCCCGCAAAGCAGCUGCGGAAAGAGAAGCUGCCGAACGACAAGCCUUCAAAGAUGCUCUGAAGAGGGCAAACGAGAAGCAAUCUGGGGAUGAGGACGAAAGCCUUUCUCCUGAAUCUCCGGAAAAGUGCAAAGGGCCCGAGCUUCGAGCAAGUCAAAGCCACAGAGAGGAAAAGCCAUCAGGUACUGUGGCAGGGAGGAACACCAACAACGAAGUCGGCACGGGUGAAGAGGCGCGGGUAACGUUGAUGUUCAAUCCCGAGUUGUCAUCGGAAGACAAGUCGGAGUGUCGCAGUGCCGUGUUCAGGACGAGUCCAGCCCUGGCAAGCGAUGGCUCGCCAAAUACUGGAUGUGAAGCGGGACACAUCUCUGAGCAGUACAGGCCUGUUCACGGCUGGCGCCGGCCUCGGAUCCUCGCGUACGCUGAAUACACCUUCACAGGAGCCCAGGCGAAGAGAGGAAGCCUCUUGUUUGAAAAUGGUCUGCGAGUUGAUGGCUGGGUCGCAGAUUACAGGUGGCUCACACCCACAGAUCUUCCUCUCAGCCGCUGGGUCGACAGGGCUUUGUGUGCCGAGGCGCAGCUUCUUACCUCCCUGUGCCAGCAGCGGGAGCUGGUGAACUUGACCGGCGAGGUCGAACUUUACACAUCUUCCCCUCCCUGCCUGUCGUGCCUGGGCCUCUUCUUCCAGUUCAGGGGGGUGUUUCCCCAUGCGACGCUGCGCUUCUCCUGCGGCUUGGUGCGCGUGGGUGCCGCUGUGAGGCUCCAAACUGUGUUCAACUUCAACAGGAAGUUUAUCUGGGAACGCUGUGAUCAGACUAAUGAACCACCGCGGAAUCUGCAGAUGAGCUUCUCCGGCUUGCGCCAGCAGGCCCCCGCCGAGGUCUCGUGCUGUCCCCGUGCUGGCUGCAGCUGUGGGCUGCGCCCUGGGGCGAGUGUCAAGGUAUACUUCGCGGACACGGCAUCUUCGACGGGUGCUGCAGCUGAAGGGGCCGGAAGAGAGCUCAUGUCCUGCUUGGAGACAGCUGGGAUGGAGCCCAACGAGGAGAGCCGGCAGAGGUGGCGAGAGUUCUGCUAUACAAACGGCUUGCAACCGUACUGCUCCGCUGUUGUUAUGGAAGAGGAAGCCCUGAAGUAUACUGACAAGGAUUCGAGGUCGCUUCCACAGAUUCUCUCAGACCAGGGCGUCGUUCCGGCGAUGCGAGUCGAUCAGGGGUUCGUGCCGUUGAACAGCUUUGGAGAAAAGGGCACGGAGGGGAUCGUGCUUCUGAAAGAACGUUGCGAGGACUACUACAAAUCAGGAGUCCGCAUUGCGAAGUGGCGCACGCAACUGGAGUGCAACCUCGAGAUGCCGACGGACGUGGCAGUCUGGGAAAACUCGGACUGCGUUGCUCGUGCAGCACGCAUCUGUCAGGCUAAUGGCUUGGCGUUCAUUGCGGAGAUUCAGACAUCGCAAAACACAGGGAGCCACUCGAUAGAGAGAACGGCCUAUGUCUGUGAAAAGGUCUCCGGAAGAAGUGCCGCCGCCACGCGCUUCAGUUCGCACCGCUGGACUCAGUCAGCUGCUGGAACUCCGCCGGAAAUGCCCGAGAACCUGCGACAAAUCAUGAACGAGUAUGAGCGGCGACGAGCCGAAGAAGACGCCAAGCAGUCUGGUGUCUGGGGGAUCCUGAACUCCAGCACCGGGGCCUUGGUGGGUGCCACCUGUGCAGGUGGCAUCCUUUGGCUGUUUUACUGCCUCGAUGAUGUGUCCAGCUCCCCGCAUGGAUUGUGGGCGAUUCUUUUCAGGAAGCUUGGAGAGGAACGGGCAAGUCGAGCUCUGGUGAAAGCAGCAUCCUGGAGAUUACUGCCCAGGGACCUGGACAAGGACGACCCCUACCUGGUAAUUGAGCCGCACGAGGGGCUGAAGUUCUACACGCCUGUCGGCCUUGGUCCUGGCAUUGACACUCUGGGGCAGGGCGUCUCUGCCUUUCUUGACUUGGGCUUCGGAUUUGUGGAGGUCGGUCCAGUGGGUGCUGGCGGGGCGAAACCAGAGACGGUGCUGCGAAACCUUGAGCGUCGAGACGCCAGUCAUCAGAUUGCGCAGUUUGGAUUGGUGGGUGCUUCUGUGGGAGGCAGCCAAGAGGAGCUGCUCUCAAUUCUGUCUUCACUGGGCCCCAAUCUCCAGCUCUUCGUCGUGGACCUGGCAUCUAUACCCGCAGGGCAGAGAGGUGAGGUGGCGAAGAUCGCGAAAGAGCUGGUGCUCAAAGCGAUGCAGCUGCCAGGGGGUGGGCCCCGCAUCUUCCUGAGGCUUCCUGCGAGCUGGCCAGACGCCUCCGCAAGCCGAGAGGCACAUCCUGGACUGAACUGUUUGCAGCGCUGCAAACUGCUUUCUUGGGAGGAGCAGCGCCGUGCAGCAGGCGAGGUUGCCCAAGCGGCCCGGCGCAGUGAAGCCGCGGGGAUCAUCGUCUGCGGGGUGCCAAGCGCGAGACAUGCAGACGAGCGAAUAUUCGUCGGCUCCUGUCGUUCUUCCACGGGUGUGCAAGAGGCUCGCAGGACGGCUCGGAGAGCUUACCUGCCCCUGGCAGUGGCUACACUAGGAGCUGUAGCUGUUCCGUCUCCGGCUUUGUCUUCGGCUUUCUUUGGCGAGAAGCGCCGAAAAGUGAAGUGGGCUCGAGGCGGCCAGCUGCGGUGCUUGGCCUGUGAGGAAGGCCACGCCACAUCUCUGGGCAGCUUGUGCAUCAACUUCUGCGGCCGUCCCGCAAAAGGCUACACACCAGUCUUCUGCGAUGAUCCCGGCACGAACACCGCGUCUGUGAAUGCUGGUGACUACAACUUGUAUGUUGGAGGUGGCGCUAUCAACCUUGCCUUCUUAAAAGAGCUGGGUCUUCCCCGGUCGAACAAGUACCAAGACUUGCACAAGGCGAUGUUGAAGGCCGCUUCCAGCACACCUGGCCAGCUGGUUGCCAGCUCGGCGCUGUCAGGUAAGGAAGUUGAUGCUUUUUUGGCGGAACUGGGCCUGAUGGCGUCCUUCGCUCGCGUACCCGCUGUCAACGGCCCCGACGCUGUCGUUGGAGCAGCCUUUCUGGAUGUCUUGGGACCUGAGCAUCGCCCACGCAGCAUAAAGAACGUGGCGAUGCUGUACGUGGUGGGUCCGAAAGGCACAGGAGCUACAGGGGGACAAGGCCCCACGGUGGACUCCAAUGCAGCAUUCCUGCAGAGCGUUGAAGAGAUGGCUGCCAACGCGCUGCUGGCAGUGGCAGAAUACAAUUCACUGCUCGACGAGGAGGAGACGCUGCCCAGAAUCCAAGAAGUUCAGUUCUGUUUGGUAUCUGGUGGCGUCUACAUGCACCCCGAGAGUUCCAAGCUCGACGUGGCAACGGCCAUUGUCAGAGGUUUGCGGCGGGCUGCCGACACGAAAGCGGCUCCCACAGUGAGAUUCGCCUACGAUUCCAACUCAUUUGAGGAUGCAGUCGGAAUCGAAGAGCCUGGCGUUUUCAAGAGUUGA